UUGAGAAAGGACGAGCAGCAGCUCGGAUGAUAGAUGUUUGAACUGGAAAGCAUUCCAAUUCACGGCGCUGCUUCACCACCACCGUCGAUGGAUAAUUCAGCACCGCCUCCAACACCACCAUCACCACCACCACCAGCGCCAAUCCAGCCUCCAGGAGUCGCGGAGGAAGUGAGCUCUGCUGCUGCUGGUGCUGCUGCUACUUCCAAUGCCCGUCCUUCUUCCCAGAAAGGAGGAAGGAGAGCGAGAGCCAGAGGGAAAGGCGGUCCAGAGAACGGUCUCUACACGUACAGAGGUGUCCGGCAACGGAGCUGGGGACGAUGGGUAGCCGAGAUCCGCGAGCCGAGGAGGCGGACUCGGGUAUGGCUGGGAACAUUUGCGACUGCUCAAGACGCUGCUCAAGCUUACGACAUGGCAGCCUGGCGGCUCUACGGCUCCCGAGCUCAGCUCAACCUCCGGCCAUCACCCCCGUCGUUUUCUUCGUCUUCUCGACAAGGGAGCGCUGGUGGUAGCAGCGUUGCGAAGCCCAGGAUCAUACUUCCAAGUUCCAUGCGUCCUCGAAUGAUGAGCCUUCCUCCUCACCACCACUUCCAAAUUCCCAACUUCAAUCAAUUCCUUUCUCAUCAAGCCGCCACCAGCUCUUUAUUUCCGCUUCCAAAUGCCACCGCCGCCACUGCUGUUGCUGGUACUGGUCCUCUACUGCUGGGAUCUUCUUCCUCGUUUUCUUCUUCCUCUUCUUUCUUGUACCCAGCAGCAGCAGCAUACAGGGAGUCCUUGCAAAGAACCAGUAACUUGAGCAGCAACUCGAGCUUUUCGGUUGCCUGUUCUUGUUGCGUACAGCCUCCGGAGCAGCAAAAGUAUCCGGACGUCUGGUAUGACAGCAUUCUAAGCGACUCCGAAUCAAGCCCAAGCCAGCUGACAGGAGGGCCCUCGUCUCCAAGCUCUUGCAGCGGGAUUCACUGGCAUCUCUCCAAUGUUGACGAUUCUAACGAUAAAAAAGUCGCAAAUCAUGGACCCUUUGACUGGAUUCCCGACAUGUUCGACUCGUCAGCGGCCGUCAACGAGAUCCUGUCCGCCAACACCAGCAGCAGCAGCACAAGCUUGUCACCAAAUAGUUGAGCUCCGUCCGCGCUGAUCAAUUCUUUCUUU